UUGUUAUAUACAUGACAUUGGUGCUCUCAUUUACUUGUUGGUAAUUUACGAUCACAUUUAAGUGUUUCUAAUCGAAAACAAAAAACGUUCAAUUACGAUUUAUUUAAAAAUACUGAUCUUUUCAAACCUCGACUUUUCGCAUAAAUAAAACUGCUUUAAUCCGGUGAAUGUAAACAAAUACCGGGGAUAAAUAGCCUCGGAUGUAAGCAUUUAUUUAAAUGCAGUGAAACUUCAAGAGGUGGCUAGCUGAUUAUUGGAUUUAGUGUAAAGCACGAUUAAUGUCAUUUAAGGAUACAAAUUUUGAAAUAUUUAUCAAUGUUUAUGGUUUAAACAUGUUAUAGCAAGUUAUAAUAAUGAUAUUUUUACAUUUUAUUUAUAGUUUACGGUUCAACGUAAGCGAGUGUGUUUUGUAGUUUUAUUUGCAGUUUAGUUAUAUUUUACUUGAUAUCUGGAUUGUUUUCGCUGGCUGAAAAAAAAACGUUGUUAUCAGAAAACAUGCAACAGUUGUUAUUGUUGUUGGUGUUGAUUUUGUUUGGGAUUGCUGUUGCCAAAGAUGAAACAGAGGACAUUCCAACAUAUUACAUGCAUGAACUUUGCGGCAAAAGCAUCAGUUUACGCAGACAGUCCAUUUUCUCUGCCAAGAUCGAACUACUUCCGGCCGCUAUCAUUAACCAAACUAGACCGGAAGUGAAGAACAGUGUACAAGGUUAUCGCAACACGGCACAUUGUAUUCUUAGUUUCGAAUCUUGGAGUUUUCAGAACAGACUUAUGGUACAUUUCGAAGAAAUAACUUUGCAAUCCGAUCAAGAGUGUCUAGGACCUAGUUUAGAAAUUUUCGAUGGGCCAUCCGAGGACUCUCCGAGGGUACCAGGAUUUCCAAGUCUGUGUAUCCACGCUGGUAAUUUUAUGUCAAGGUCAUUUGUAACUACAGAUAAAGACAUGACAUUACGUUUCCAUGGCAACCAUACUUCAGAUAGAAACGCAGUAAUCAGAGCCAUUAUUGUGUCAUUUAAUGGAGGCACGUGCAGAUCUUAUGAGCACGAGUGUUUCAACGGACGUUGCAUAAUGAAAGAUCUUGUUUGCAACGGACACAAUCCGUGUGGGGAUAAUUCCGACUGUCUAACAACAGUACCACCGCAAGAGGUCGCCAGAGCAAAGGAUGAUCACGUGAUGUUGGCCGCCAUUAUUGCUUCUUCCGCCACGCUCGUAACGAUUGCUGUACUAGUGAUAGUUCUGUACAGAUGCUACAAGAUUCGACAUAAACAUAGGAGACUGCACUACCAGAAUCAUUACGAAACUGUGAAUAGCAAUAUGGCGAGAAGUGAAAAUCUUGCUGACUUGCAACCAGCGUACGAAAGAAGUGUUAGUCAAAUAGAAGCAGAAAUACGCUUUGCUCCGCCCUCUUAUUCACAACUUCCGGUUUUAGAGAACCAACCGGAAAUUGAAGAAGCAGAAGACACGACCGAUACAGAAGAGCCAUUGCCGAAUGAAAUUGAUUUGAAUAAAUGCCUAGAACCAGACGAGAAUAAUCCACCGUCUUACGCAUGCGUAAUGCUAUGUCAAGAAGCUUUUCAUGUGUCUGAACAAAGUAUUAAUAGAUUAACAACCCAAAUGACAGAAAGUGAUGCAUCAGAAGAUGCAGACGAUGAGAGUCAUGAUAAAUUCAAGAACGAUGAAAAGACCUGAAUAUGAACGCGUUCAUUCUUUUUCAUCUUUUGUUCAGAUUCGGUUCGGCGUCUGUGUCGUGACGUGUGUGCAAAAAGCGCUGUGUCGAAAGAUUGCAGUGUUGGAUAUGAUUAACAUAUCAAUAUUUGUGAGCGUACAGACAGAUGAUAUUCGAUGUAUUUGUUACCAACAGCUUUAGUUUGUGCAUGCCAUCUGUGCCUUAUGUAGUUGACAGAGAUCUAUUCGGCCGAGCUAUUAAUGGCUGCCUGCCUUUUGCUUACUGACAAAUUUUAGUCGACAUCAGA